AACCUGUAGAUCUACUUUCAUUUUGGAAAAAAUGGAAUUUGAUGACGUGCAAGUUGCCGGUGAAAAAAACUAUCCCAAACGAGAUGAAAUACCCAUUCAGUACGGCACAGCCGGGUUUAGAACCAAAGGAAAUCGCUUGGAGCAUGUUAUUUACAGGAUGGGAGUUUUGGCAGCCAUCCGUUCUGCUUGCAAAAAUGGUGCCGCAAUCGGAGUUAUGAUAACUGCCUCUCACAAUCCUGAAGAGGAUAAUGGUGUGAAGUUGAUGGACCCCAUGGGGGAGAUGCUUGGACCAGAGUGGGAAAAGUACGCCUCUGAUGUUGCAAAUGUCCCUAGUAACGAGUUGGGAUCUGUUUUCCAGACAUUGGUGAAAACUCUUGGAGUGACAAGUCUCCAAAAUAGUCUAGUCGUGUUCGCCCGAGACACGCGACCUAGCAGCCCCGUCCUGGCUGAAGCUCUAGAGGCGGGCAUUAAAGCAGCUGGUGCCCAAUUUCAGAACUUCGGUCUUCUUACUACACCACAACUGCACUAUAUUGUUCGGUGUAUUAACACAAAUGGGCAGUACGGAAAGCCGACCGAGGAGGGCUACUUCGAAAAACUCACUGAGGCUUUUAUCAAGUUGAGGAAUAUGAGAAAAAUGAAGAAGAUGAAAACUUUGGAAUCGUACACUUCCUGUCUUUAUGUGGAUGCAGCUAAUGGUAUCGGAGCACAGAAGGUUCCUAUCCUUCAAUCCAAAUUAGGGGAACUCUUAAAGAUUAGUCUUGUCAGUGAUGGAAGUGGUAGACUGAAUCACGAGUGUGGAGCUGAUUUUGUUAAGGUUCAACAGAAACCUCCAACUGGAGUCACUUUGGUUCCAGGCCAGAGAUGGGCUUCAUUUGACGGUGAUGUAGACAGGAUUGUCUACUAUUUCAGUGGUGUCUCAGACAACCAAUUCCAUCUCUUGGACGGAGACAAAAUUGCGACUUUAGUGGCCGGAUACCUUAAAGAUCUUGUCCUGGAGACCGGACUCCCGCUUAACCUUGGUCUUGUUCAGACAGCUUAUGCUAAUGGGAGCUCCACUAACUACAUCACAAAAACACUGAAGGUCCCAGUGGCUUGUGUUCCAACAGGGGUGAAACAUCUCCAUCACAAAGCACAAGAAUUUGACAUUGGAGUGUACUUUGAAGCUAAUGGCCAUGGCACUACCUUAGUGAGUGACUCUUCAUAUGAACUCCUGCAAAACGCUACUAAAGACACUGCCAAAUCUGACCAACAACGAGAGGCCUGUGAUCUAUUACUGAGUGUCAUCGACUUAAUCAAUCAAACUGUUGGUGAUGCCAUAUCAGACUUGCUGUUGGUGGAGAUGAUUCUUGCCACUUAUGACUGGGAUGUGGAGCAGUGGAACAAAGCGUACACAGAUCUCCCAAACAGGCAGCUCAAGGUCAAGGUCAAAGAUCGAUCUGUGAUACAGACCACAGAUGCAGAAAGAAAGGCUGCAACUCCUCCCGGGCUUCAGAGUGCCAUUGAUGAAACUGUUGCCAAGUAUGUCAGUGGCCGUUCUUUUGUGCGGCCAUCUGGGACAGAGGAUGUUGUCCGCGUUUAUGCAGAGGCAGAUUCCCAAGCUUCUGCGGAUGAGUUGGCCAAUGAGGUGGCUGUCCUGGUCUACAGGAUGGCAGGCGGGAUUGGGGAGGAACCGCAGCUGUAACUCUGUGAUGGUUCUGUGCAGAAAAUGUUGAAAAAUUUAGAGAACAAUGGUAUAUUAUUAUUUUGUAGCUGCAUUCCGCCAUUAUCAAGUAUUAGUCCAAAAAUCUUUAUCUUAAUUUGCUGAGAGUAGUUAGUGUGUGUAUUCGGAGGGUUUUGUUAGUGAUUUGUUGAGGUUGAUGAUAAUUAAAUGUUAGCCCAAGUGAUUGUCCUUAUAAAUAAAAAUAUGAUAGGGGUGAUUUUUGUUAGACUAAGUGAUAAAAGUGAUUGUCUUUAUGAAUGAAUUAUUAAGUUAAAGUAUUUAUUUACAAGUAUACAAACUUGCAGCAUUGCAUGAUCUUACUAGUUUUAUAUAUAAAAACUUUCCAAUUAUCAUGAUUAUGCAAUCAGAAUAUUUAUCAGUUUAUAUCGAUGUGUUUUAGACUUCAUAGUUCAGUUUACAUACAUGAUGUAAAAUUUUACAUUUUAUGUACAUUGCAUGUUGCAUUUAUAUUUACAAUAAAUCUUUUGAAAUAUAA